AUGCCCGGGAAAGAACUACUAGAUCCUUGUGUAGAUUGCCGCGAUGCAGAAGCCAGUUUGACAUUGAGGCGGCGGCGUCUCUGCAAGGACUGUUAUAUUAGAUUCGUGUCGUACAAGGUCUUCAAGCGCAUGGAGAAGUUUCGCUUGAAUAGAGGCUUAUCGAAAGUCACCCCGUGCAAGCUGCUCUUUCCCUUUUCCUACGGUCUCUCCUCGUCGGUAUUGUUGCACAUAUUGCAUGAUCAACUUGAAACUCAGCGCGCGAAAACACAUGGUACUCCGGGCUUUAGCUUACAUGUACUCGUCAUCGAGCCGUCAACUAUCUCGCCCUCAAACCCUCCGGACGACGAGGCUUUCGGGUUGGCUCAAAAAUCUUUUCCUUUGUGCUCCUUUACCCGGGUUCCCUUUCACAGUAUCUUCGAUCUCGUACCUGAUUUCAAGGAGACGAUGUCUCAGUUUGCUGGCAACGGAUUUGUGGAUGACAUCACCUUGUCGAAUGCAGAGCGUCUCGAUGCAUUUCGCUCGUGUAUCGCAACAUCCACUUCGAAGGCUGAUGUUGAUUAUACCUUGAUGAACCGACUCAUUGUGGCCUUUGCAAAGAAAAUGGAUUGUCAGACAGUCAUAUGGGGAGACUCGGAUAGUAGACUUGCUGCGAAAACUCUUGCUAAUGUUGCAAAAGGGCGCGGCUCUUCAGUAAUCUGGCAGGUCUCCGAUGGAAUGUCACCGUUUGGUCUGGAGUUCAACUUCCCCUUGCGGGACAUAUUCACGGCAGAGCUAAGGGAUUAUGCUCGUUUCUUUCCAGAGCUCACCAGCCUCAUCGUACCAGAUGAACCCCUUUCCGAAAAUACUCUAACCAAAAAUCUAUCUAUCGACGACCUAAUGAUGCGGUACGUCUUGACGCAGGGCGAGAAAUAUCCCGGUGUCAUGUUGAAUGUGACGAGGACUGCGAACAAACUCGACGUUUCCCAAAUGCCAUCCGAUGUGUCGCACUGUGCUUUUUGCGGUGCUCCUUUGAUGAAUGAGGCUGGAGCAUCUCAAUUUUGCUACGCAUGCACUCGGUCACGACCGAGUACGACCUCGUAA